AUGAGCUCCAACCCAUGGCUUUCCCCUUCUGGAGACUUUGCCUUUGGCUUCCAACAACUCCAAUCCAACAACAACAACGACCAUCUCGUGUUUGUUCUCUCGAUAUGGUUCGCUAAAAUCCUUCCAAAAACCAUCGUCUGGUUCGAACGAAGCAGCUACCCUGUGCCACUUGGCUCCACCUUACUGCUCGACGCAGAUAAAGGCCUCGUGCUCCGCGAUCCUCACGGCCGGCUACUUCUCAAAACCCCUCAUCUCGCCAGUCGAGUGGCUUACGCGUCCAUGACCGACACUGGAAAUUUCGUUCUCUUCGGAAAAGACUCGAAUACCCCUCUGUGGCAGAGCUUUGAGAAUCCUUCCGACACGAUUCUCCCGAGUCAAAAGCUCGAUAUCAACGGCUCCACCACGCUCGUCUCGCGGAAAUCGGAGACAGAUUUCUCGUACGGAAGGUUCUACGCCGGGAUGAACGCGGCCGGCAAUUUCGUGCUCGAAACGAAAAGCGUGCGCACGAAUUUGGAUUCGGACUACGAGUAUUACAACAGCGACCCGAACUCGGGCGAUUUUCUUGUGAUCGACGAGAAUCAUCCUUCCAUUUCAAUUAAAAUCGACAACAAUUCGGAGUGGGUCUAUGUGGGUAGCUUACCCGAUCACAACAUAUGUCUCGAUAUCUAUGGCGACACGGGCAGUGGGGCCUGCGGGUAUAACAAUGUGUGCAAUCUCGUGAACUGGCGGCCCGUUUGUCGCUGCCCGAAAGGGUUCACGCUAGUCGACCCGAGUAAUCCUUACGGGGACUGCAGGCCCAAAUGUUCGGGGAAUAGCUGUACUCAGGGCGGCCCGGAGGAUUACAAGCUGGUGGAGAUUUCGAAUGUAGACUGGCCGAAAAACGACUACGAACAGAUAAAACCGAGCACAGUGGGGGAGUGCAGGGAUGCUUGUAUAAGGGAUGAGUUUUGCGGGGCGGCCAUAUUCAGGAGCCUGAGCUGCUGGAAAAAGCGGCUGCCUUUGUCUAAUGGGAGAAAUGAGACAGCUUUAGGUUCCAAGGCCUUUCUUAAGGUUAGGAAAAACUGUUAA